AUGAAAGACGGUACACUCGUCAUUCGUGGAGAGAAGGUUCCGUCGCGAAAUGUAGGCGGGGUUGGUUUUGUUGUACACCCAUCUGUCGUCCAUCUCGUCGAUUCUCACGAGAUCCUGUCACCUCGUCUGGCCAUUCUUCGCCUCCGUCCUCUGCGCCAAAAAUCCAUCAGUAUCAUCAACUGCUAUUCACCAACAUCAACAGCUGAUGAUUCCGAAUUGGACGCGUUUUACGAGGAGCUGGAGGAAGUAGUCCGCAACGAGAAGUCCUUUUACAAAUUCGUUGUCGGAGACUUCAACGCAAAACUAGGAAAGGCCACAGAAGAGGAAUACAGGAUUGGAAGAUUUGGACUAGGGGACCGGAAUGAAAAUGGCAAUCGUCUCGCCGGGCUGUUGUCCGCCGCUCGCCUCUUUCAUGGGAACUCUCUUUUCAUGAAAAAAGAUCAUCGUCGGUGGACAUGGGAAUCGCCCAAUGGCGCGACUCGUGCGGAGAUCGACCACAUACUCACCAACCGGAGGUGGUGUCUACUUGACGUCUCAGUAGUACCAUCCUUUUGUAGUGGUUCUGAUCACCGUCUCCUUCGUGCGAAAAUACGACUUAGCCACACGAUGGAAAAGAACAUCUGCUAUCGGCAACGAAGGAGAAAAGAAGUCGUCUACGACGAUUGCGUUCUCGAGGACUCCUUGUCCCAAGGUGACUGGCACAUCGAGGAGGACCCAAACGUGGACGACGAGAUGCUGCUCAGAGGAUUACGAGCCUGUGCUGAACGUGCCUCGAAGUCGCGCACGACAAACUUGGAUCGAAUUUCGAAGACCACCAAGGAAUUGUUGGAAAGAAGAAGGACUUCGAGGCUUGAUCCGAAUGCAUUGAGCGGUUAG